UAACUUAACAUUGAAGCAAGAUCCGGAGAUAAAAAAAGUAUGCUCCUUUAAUUUCAUGGUUUCAUACCUCAAACCAGCUUGGCUCUCUCAAAUCCCCAUUGAUUUGUUUUGUCAUUAAAUUAAACCCUCAACGACAAAAAACAAAAACGGCAAAUUACAUUUUGUUUUGUCUGGACACAAAAACGCAAACUUUAUGCACAACCUACUAGCAAAAAAAAGAAAAGAAAAGAAACACAACUUCGAAAAUCUCUCUUUCUCUCUCGACUAUGAAGCCUAUGUACCAAUUCUUUGCCGUCUUCUGGCUCUUCUUACCUUUCACUGUAAUCUCCGGCGACAACAACAAGAAUCUGAUCUUCAAAGGUUGCGCAAGUCAGAAAUCUCCCGACCCAACUGGUGCUUUCUCUCAGAAUCUCAACACUCUCUUCACUUCCUUACUUUCUCAAUCCGCGCAGAGAUCUUUCGCCUCCACGACCGCCGGAACCGAUAACGCAACCGCCGUAACCGGCGUUUUUCAGUGCCGCGGCGACCUCCCCGCCGCUCAGUGCUACGACUGCGUCUCCAAAAUCCCCAAACUCGUCUCCAAGCUCUGCGGCGGAGGCGGAGGCGACGGGAACGUGGUGGUGGCGGCGCGUGUGCAGCUCUCCGGUUGUUAUAUCCGGUACGAAAUCUCGGGGUUCCGGCAGACUUCCGGUACUGAGAUGCUGUUCCGUGUCUGCGGGAAGAAACAGUCCGGCGAUCCUGGGUUCGCCGGGAAGAGGGACACGGCGUUUGGUGCGGCGGAGAACGGCGUGAAAACGGGAGGCGACGGCGGAGGAUUUUACGCGGGGCAGUAUGAGUCGGUGUAUGUGUUGGGACAGUGCGAGGGUAGUUUGGGAAAUUCAGAUUGCGGUGAGUGUGUGAAAGAUGGUUUUGAGAAAGCAAAGAGUGAGUGUGGGGAUUCGAUCUCUGGUCAGGUUUAUCUCCACAAGUGCUUCGUUAGCUACAGUUACUACUCUCAUGGCGUUCCAAACAUUUCUCCACUUUCAGAUGGAGAGAAGAGACAGCACACGCAAAGAACAAUAGCUUUGGCGGUGGGAGGAGUUGCAGUUUUAGGAUUUGUGAUUGUUUGUUUGUUGGUUUUGAAAUCUGCCAUGAAGAAGAAGAGUAAAUAUGAUAGUUAUUGAAACUCAACAGUUUUGAGAAGGUUUAAAAGAAAAGAACAGUAUUAUGUCCAAUUUGUAUAUUCAAUUAUGAUACUGAUUCAUAAUAAUGAAAGAGAUUCGCCAA